AGAAAUAAUAGGAAGAUAAAUACAAAUUUGUAAAAAAAAAAAAAAAAAAAGGAAAAUUGAGAUCCGUACUAUGUCCGAUACUGAGCACCAAGGAGCGACGCCGCGAAGCUACUAGGGUUUCUGUUUUCUUCUGAUCAUCCGUCUUCGUCCCUGUUUCAGGUGACUCGCAAGGGUUGCUGGGAUGUUAUAAAGAUCUGUUUAGGAUUUUACUUUAAAGAGUUAGUGAACAAAAAGAAAUGGAUGAUGAUAAUGGGCUUGAGCUCAGCUUGGGUCUCUCAUGUGGUGGAGGGAAAGCUAAGGGUGCUAAUAACAAUGCUGGAACCUCCUCGGAGAAUCAUCAUCACAAUGUAGAAGGAGAUAAUAGAAGCGCUAAAGUGAUUGAUGACUUCAAGAACUUCCUUCACCCUACUACUUCUCAAAGACCACCUGCAGCAGCAGCAGACCCGAGUUCUGAACCUCCUCCUCCUCCUCAGAAUUUCUUCAACGACCUCUCCAAAGCUCCUACAUCCGCCGACGCUGCCGAAGCUGCUUCCACGAAGCCUCUGUGGGUGGAGGAUGAGGCUAUGAAAGAAGCAGGAAGCAGCAAAAGAAAGUUCGGGUUCCAAGAGAUGAAUGAUGAAAAAAAGAAGAAGGCAAAGGCAUCCCUUGUUUCGAACGCCACAGAUGAAGGUUCAACAGCUGAUAACGAAGAUGUAGCGGAAUCUGAAGCAGGCGGUGGUGACCUUGCGAAGGAUGUGGUGGUGGCUGCUCGUCCAGCCGCUGAUAUGGACAGCAUAGCAGGUCAGAGGAAGAGUAACCAUGUUGAAGAGUUUACUGCAAACCGCAACAUGAGUUACAACGUACCUUUCACGGUUCAUCCACAUAACGUCAUCACUGGUUUACCUUACUCUUUACCGGGGAAAGAGUCUGGACAACAUGGUGCAGCAGCAGGUACUAGUGUAACGCAGCCUACUGCUGGGAAUCUCCCGGUUAUGUUCGGAUACUCACCGGUUCAGCUCCCUAUGCUGGAUAAGGAUGGUUCAGGCGGGGUCGUCACUCGUAGAGGCCCAUCAAACUCAGCUACCGCGAAAGGCGAGGGGAAACAGCCUGUUGCAGAAGAAGGCUCAUCAGUGGAUGUAGCAGGAGAUGACACCAACAACAACAACAUCAACAUCAGUACAGCCUUCUCUUUCGACUUUUCAGCCAUAAAACCAGGAAUGGCAGCUGAUGUCAAGUUCGGAGGUUCCGGUGCGCGUCCUAACCUGCCUUGGGUCUCAACCACUGGCUCAGGCCCUCACGGUCGGACGAUCUCUGGUGUGACUUACAGGUACAACGCAAACCAGAUCAAGAUUGUAUGCGCUUGCCACGGCUCACACAUGUCGCCUGAAGAGUUUGUAAGGCAUGCAAGUGAGGAGUAUGUUAGCCCUGAGUCUUCCAUCGGAAUGUCGGCUGCUUCGGCUCAUACCUGAAUAAGUCACAGCCGGAGAAAUGUGUUUGAUCUUCUGUAAACAAUAUGGAAAGGGGGUUUUGUAAACUCAGUGCUAAAGUUUUAACGGCGCUUUCCGCUGUGUUUGUUGUAAUCUCUCUCUCUGCUUUGCUUGUUUUGUUACUCUUUUCAGCAUUUGUCUCUUCGCUUUUGUGUACUAGUGUUUGUAGUUUUGUAAGCUCUUUUUUUUUUGUUCAAAUAAAUGUUUAGUUUGCUUUUAA